AACACAAAGAUGGGAGGAUGAGUCUUGAUGUCCUCCUCCAUUCCUUAACGUGCAUAACUAAUUAGGCUUAUUCCCAGGAUAAAUAAAGCAGGACUAAAAGUCUGCUGUCAGAUUUUCAACAGCUGGCCUGCCAAGCAAGGAGGUGUUAACGUAAAGGGAUUAAACCAUUAUUUUCUUUGUUUCACAAUCACAAAAUGCUGGAGAUGCUUGAAUACAGCCACUAUCAGGUACAGUCCCACCUGGAAAGUCCGUCCAAGUACCACAUCCAGCCGUCUCAGAGAGGGCAGGUGAGACAGUAUCUUUCUUCCAGUCUAAGUGGGAAAGCUGGAAGCCAGUGUCCCAGCCAGCCCCCCGAGCACAGCAUGCCACCCGGGCCUGCUGGCAGCGCACCCAACAGUCCCAUGGCCCUUCUAACACUCGGUGCCAACUGUGAAAAAGAAAUGGAUGAUGUCAUUGAUGAUAUUAUAAGCUUAGAGUCAAGUUACAAUGAGGAUGUGCUUGGACUGAUGGACCCAGCUUUUCAAAUCAACAAUCCGCUCCCUGUGUCUGGUAAUAUACUUGAUGUGUACAACAACCAGGGCCUUCCUCUCCCUGGCAUCUCCAUGGGCAACUCAUGUGCACCGAACAUCAAAAGGGAAUUCACAGCUCCUGGCAUGAAGCAAGUACUGGACAAGCCGGGAUCCUGUGGCCAGUUUGAAAGCUAUCAAAGGCCAGACGGCUUUCCAGUAGAGGCUGAAGUACGAGCCCUUGCUAAAGAAAGACAAAAGAAGGACAAUCACAACCUGAUUGAGCGAAGACGGAGGUUCAACAUCAACGACCGCAUAAAGGAGCUGGGAACCUUGAUACCGAAGUCAAAUGAUCCAGACAUGCGCUGGAAUAAGGGCACCAUUCUGAAAGCCUCUGUGGACUACAUCAGGAAGCUACAGCGGGAGCAGGAGAGAGCCAAGGAGCUCGAAUGCAGACAGAGGAAACUGGAGCAUGCUAACCGCCAUCUGAUGCUUCGUAUACAGGAGUUGGAAAUCCAAGCCCGGGCUCAUGGCCUCACAGUGGUAUCAUCCCCCUCAGUCUGCACCUCAGAGCUUAUGGCACGAGCCAUCAAACAGGAGCCCAUUCUUGGGGACUGUCCAUCUGACAUCUACCAGCAUAACUGCACGCCUGAAAUGUCUCCACCAACUACGCUGGACCUCAACAAUGGCACCAUUACCUUUGACCACAUCCCUGCAGAUGCUGGGGACUCCUACGGAAACUCUAGGACCUGCAAAAUGAAAGAGCUGGUUAGGGACAACAGCCUGGGGCCAGUUUCCCCAAGUGACCCCCUCCUGUCUUCCAUGUCCCCAGACGUUUCUCACAAUGUCAGCAGCCGCCACAGUUCUAGCUCUAGUAUGGACGAGAAAGAUCAUGGAUGUUAGCCCUAUGUCAUAAGUGUUUUUUUAUGCAUAAAGGAACUCUCUGGUAAAUUUCAUGUUAAAAGAGUUUUUACAUAAAGUCUUUUUAUUUUCAUUCAUUGAUGUAAUUAUAUUACUGUGAGCCAAGACUCUUAAGACGCUCUCUCUGGUGUUUUUACUUUCUCAUUUAAUUUUUAUGAACUGUUUAGAAAAUACUUGACAAACGUGUAACAGGAAACUUAAAUUAAUUUUGAAGUGUUCCUUGUUAUUUAAUAUUUGCAUUUAUGAGCUGUUGUACUGUUGAUUUUAAGACAGCUACCAUGCUUUAUACAUAAAAGUGCAUAAUAUAAGUGUCAUGUUGUUGAAAUAGCAGGAUAAGGCUUAUAUGUGUGUUUGUACAUGUGGAAUGUGUAAACUCCUUAUUUGCCUGAUCUUCUGCAAAUUAUCAGGCAAUCCGAUCAAACAAAGAACCUAGUAAAAGGUUUUUAUGUGACAUUUAUUUAGGCUAAUUUUUUUUAUUCCCUCCAGAUACCACUUGUCCAUAUUUGGUCAUAUUUAGAUGAUUUGCAAUAAAUUGUGCCAUUGCAUCUAAUCAUUUUGAAAUUAUCAAUAAUUUAACAUAAAUCUGUAUAAACAAUCUUAAUAAAUCAGUUAUCCAUACGGCCUUUUAAAGUAGAGGUGCUGGCAGCUGUUAAUUUCAAUGACUCUUAACAUAAGCUGUAAAAAAAAUGAUCCCACAGUGGCUUCGGUACCUUUUAAAAUGUAAGCUGCACAUGCACACUACAGAAUGAACAUAACCGACACUUUAAUAUUUGUGCAAUGACCCAAAAAUGACAUCACUUAAUCUCAUGCAGCACUUUGGAAGGUCUUUACUCCCCUCAGCAAGUUUGAUGCUUGAGCAGAUGAUACAUGGCUAUGUUGUUUAAUAAAUAGACUAAUAAUAAUUAGACAUUUUGGGGAACUCAUAAAGCAUGGACUCUUUAU